AGCUGGGGAGCAGGCAGCAAAGCACAGUGCAAACAGCUUUUAUUUAUUCUCCGUCUUGUUCUCCCGUUUCUGCUCCAUCUCCAGUCUGCGACCUGCCGGACCCUGAGCUCUGCAGGUGGACCUGCCAGCCUGAGCCGAACCGAGCCAACCGAGACCAAGCUCUCUGCAGUCACUAUGGAUAUUGCCAUCCAGCACCCCUGGUUUCGCCGCGCUUUGGGCUCCAUCUACCCUGGCCGACUCUUUGACCAGUUUUUUGGAGAGGGAAUUUUUGACUACGACCUUUUCCCCUACACCUCCUCCACCAUCAGCCCCUAUUACAGACACUCACUCUUCCGCAACCUUCUAGAUUCUUCCAGCUCUGGGAUCUCUGAGGUGAGGUCUGACAGAGACAAGUUUACAGUCUACCUGGACGUCAAGCACUUCUCGCCCGAUGAGAUCAAUGUAAAGGUGACUGACGACUACCUGGAGAUCCAGGGCAAGCACGGAGAAAGACAGGACGACCACGGCUACAUCUCCCGCGAGUUUCAUCGCCGCUACCGCCUGCCCUCCACCAUCGACCAGUCAUCCAUCAGCUGCACCCUGUCUGCUGACGGUCUGCUGACUCUCACCGGUCCAAAGGUGUUGGGGGGGAGUGAGUCCGGUCGUGGCGAGCGCAGCAUCCCUGUCACCCGUGACGACAAGACCAAUGCUGCUUCCUCUUCUUAGAGGGGAGAUGGCUUCAGUUCCUGAGACAAUCUGCUGGUGUGGGAUGGACAACCAGAGGUCCUUUCUUCUACUCUUCUUCAUCUUCCUUCACCUUCUCUAGUUCCUCUAUAGCCCCCUCAUGCAGAACUAUAGUAUCAUUGUUUUUAGGUAGAACAUAGAGCCACCCUCAAAAGUUAAGGAAGGGGCUCUAAACCCUUUUUUCUCUUGUCUGAUCUUGUCAUUUAGUUUAGACCAUGUUCAGUGAAUAUCAGCUCAUAUUAAGAUGUCCAUACUAAAAUAACAUGCAAUAAAGCUUGUACAAUUAACAAAA